AUGACCGUCGACAGCUACAUCGAGCGAGCUCACCCCUACCACGGUACUCCCGCCUCACAUCACAGUCACACACCAACGGAACUGAUACAGUUGUACGAUGGGACAGUAAAGAAGCGAGUCAGACAUAUGGGCGCGUCAGUGUUCUGGUCCGCCGAGUCUAGUGAGGGCAACUACUCGAUACCAACCCUGUUCUUUAUUGUCUCACAUUUAGGCUAA